UUGACCUAUAUUUUGACCGGUUGUUGUUGGGCACGUGGCACAGUUUACUUGUAUAUGCCACUUACUGAUGCCGAUCGAGAGGAAUUGGUCCCUAUAAGAUGAUAUCCAAGACGUUGAUCGUCGCUGUCGGUGCUUUGUUGAUUGCGUACUUUUAUGGAAGGCAUAUAAAGCACGACGAAAUCAGUGAUGCAUCAUCGGAGGCUGAAGAACUGGUCGCCGCUGCCUGGGAGGAGAGAAUUAUUGUCCCAGUCAAAAGAUUUAAGAAGGUUGCCGUUGGUUUGAAUGCCAAUGUGGAUCUAAUAGUUCGAGGCACUGAGCUGCUGCAGUCACUGGGUGUGACCCCUGGGGAGAAGAAGGACCACAGGACAGUGGGAUCAAUAGCAGACAUGCAAGAGGCCUUCACUCACUACUUUUCCAAAGGAGCUGCAGCAGAGCGCCCCUUCACUGAUGGACCCUUGUAUAAAAAUACUGUGGUCAAAGCUGCAGCUACGCUGAAGUCUAGUGAGUGGUUUAUUGGUGGCAAUGCUGCUCUGAUUUCCCAAAAGAUUACAUCUAUUUUCCCAGAUACUCAGGUACAAUUAGUAGGACCAGUGGGACCAAAACUAAAAGAGCUGCUGAACAAAACUAUAUAUGUCCCAAAAGCCAGUUCCCAUGAGCAGGAUGAGGUCCAUCUUAUCAUGGAGUACAAAAGGGGAGAGAAAUGGGGAGCGUUUACUGCCCCUGUAGCCAACAGGUUUAUCACGUCCUACGACAUAGCCAAUGGUCAAGCCACCAUGAUGGACACUUUCUUUGCUUCAUUUGAUGAGUUUAAGCCAGAUUUAGUGGUGCUGUCUGGGCUGAACCAGUUGGAAGGACAGGGAGAGGAGUUCUGGAGCAAGAAGGUCUUCACUUUGGGAGUUGCUCUUAAGAAAUUACCUGACAGUAUUCCUGUACAUUUAGAGCUGGCCAGUAUGGCAGAGGAGAGAUUUCUUAAACAGAUUUUAGAUGAGGUGCUGCCCUCUGUUAGCUCUGUUGGUUUCAAUGAACAAGAACUGGGUUUUGUCAGUCACACAGGCGGUGGGCCUCACCCAGAGAUUUGGCUUCGUCAGCCACAGUCUCAGCAGGAUAAAGAUGAUGAUGAUGAACAACUUGUCCCCAGUGUUUCUUCCUUGGGUUUGAAUGAACAAGAAAUCAGUUUUGCAUCAAAAGUAGGAGACGGUCCACACAAGGAAUACUUUGACGAACAUGAGAGUGGCAAGCAGCCCGAGAUACACAAAAUCAGUGACAUGGUGCUGUGGAUACUCCAGACCUAUGGCUAUUCAAAGUCCAGACCCGAGUCCAAACUGACCAGGGUCCACUUCCAUUCGCUGACCUACCACAUUGUCGGUGUUGUGCCGAACGCUUGGGGUAACACAGCCUCGGCUGUUGCAGCAGGAACGCGAGCUGCUGGGCAGCAGGCCUGCGAUACUGAAGACCUGGACUCAGUGAAUGCAGAUCUUCGAAUCCCACUGGAAUUCAAACUGACCAGCAGCAGUGAUGAAAAGUCAUUUGAUCCAUCAGAACCUUCAUCUGUUUGGAAAAGGGAAGGCUAUAAAUUUGCUUUCAGUCCUGUAUUAGUGUGUAAAAACCCUCUGAAGACAGUAGGUCUAGGGGAUGCAAUCUCUGCCACAGGGCUGUUAUAUUCAGAAUAUAAUGCUGAUUUUAGAAGCAAAAGUUGAUUAAGGUCGAUUUAUGAUAGCAUAAUUUUAACGUGAAAAGGUUUGUUACUGUGAUCUUUUUUUAAAAUUAUUACUUGGCAACGUUUCUUAAUUAUGUACAAAGACCAUGACUAAAAUUUCUUGAUUUUCUAUGGUUGGUUAAUCAAA